GCGGUGCAUUCUCCGAUUGGUCCCGGGUUUUUCGCGCGGAAGGCGGUCUCACGUGACUCAGUUUGGCGGGAAAGCGGCGGCGGUGGAAAUGGCAGCGGUGGAGGAUCCGGUUCUGAGGGAGGCUCAGAGACAAUACCUCGACUUCCUGGAUGAUGAGCAAGACCAGGGGAUUUACCAAAGUAAGGUGAGGGACAUGAUCAGUGACAACUUGUACCGACUGAUCGUCAACAUCAAUGACCUGCGCAGGAAGAAUGAGAAAAGAGCAACACAACUGCUGAGCAAUUCCUUUGAAGAACUCCUGGCCUUCCAGCGAGCUCUGAAGGACUUUGUUGCCUCAAUUGAUGCCACCUAUGCCAAGCAAUUUGAGGAUUUCUACAUUGGACUGGAAGGCAGCUUUGGGUCCAACCAUGUCAGCCCACGGACCUUGACCUCUCGGUUUCUCAGCAACGUUGUGUGUGUGGAGGGGAUUGUGAUCAAAUGUUCGCUGGUGCGUCCCAAAGUGGUCCGUAGUGUCCAUUACUGUCCAGCUACAAAAAAAACCAUUGAACGCAAGUAUACGGAUAUGACAUCUCUUGAGGCCUUCCCCUCCAGCGCUAUUUACCCAACCAAGGAUGAGGAGAAUAAUCCCUUGGAAACUGAAUUUGGACUGUCCUCAUACAAAGACCACCAAACAAUAACCAUUCAGGAGAUGCCUGAGAAGGCUCCUGCUGGCCAGCUGCCCCGCUCGGUUGAUGUCAUUCUGGAUAAUGACCUGGUGGAUGUGGUGAAGCCUGGGGACCGAGUGCAGGUCAUAGGCACCUACCGCUGUCUGCCUGGGAAAAAGAAUGGCUACACCUCAGGAACUUUCAGGACAAUCCUGAUUGCGUGUAACAUCAAGAUGAUGAGCAAAGAGGUGUCGCCGAUGUUUUCUGCAGAUGAUGUGGCCAAAAUCAAGAAAUUUAGCAAAUCUCGUUCAAAGGACAUCUUUGAGCAGCUUGCUAGGUCCCUAGCCCCCAGUAUUCAUGGGCAUGAGUACAUCAAGAAGGCAAUCCUAUGCCUGUUGUUGGGUGGAUCGGAGAAAGUGCUCGAGAAUGGGAGCAGGAUUCGUGGUGACAUCAAUGUCUUGUUAAUAGGUGAUCCAUCCGUGGCUAAAUCCCAGCUCCUACGUUACGUACUCUUCAGUGCUCCACGUGCUAUUCCAACCACUGGUCGAGGCUCCACUGGUGUGGGUUUGACUGCCGCAGUGACCACUGAUCAAGAAACUGGAGAGAGGCGGCUGGAGGCUGGAGCUAUGGUUUUGGCAGACCGAGGGGUAGUCUGCAUAGACGAGUUUGACAAGAUGUCUGAUUUGGACCGUACGGCCAUCCAUGAGGUGAUGGAGCAGGGACGUGUGACCAUUGCGAAAGCAGGCAUUCAUGCCAGACUGAACGCCAGGUGCAGUGUUCUGGCUGCAGCUAAUCCUGUUUAUGGAAAGUAUAACCAGUACAAAACUCCAAUGGAAAACAUCGGCCUCCAGGAUUCCCUGCUGUCCCGUUUCGACCUGCUUUUCAUUAUGCUGGACCAAAUGGACCCAGAACAGGACCGAGCGGUUUCUGAGCAUGUGCUGCGAAUGCACAGGUAUCGGGCUACGGGGGAACAGGAUGGUGAUGCCUUACCCCUGGGCAGUGCUGUUGAUAUUCUGGCAACAGAGGAUCCUGAUACCAUUCAAGAAGAGGGACAGGAGCUUCAGAUUUAUGAAAAGCACGACACCCUUUUACAUGGAGCCAAGAGACACAAGGAGAAGAUUGUCAGCUUGGAGUUCAUGCGGAAGUACAUCCACGUCGCAAAGAUUGUUAAACCUGUGCUCACUUCUGAGGCAGCAAAUUACAUUGCAGAGCAAUACUCCAAUCUGCGCAAUCAGGACCAGAUGAGUUCUGAUAUUGCUAGGACUUCACCUGUCACAGCCCGAACUCUGGAGACAUUGAUCAGAUUGUCAACCGCUCAUGCCAAAGCCCGCAUGAGCAAGACAAUAGACAUGCAAGAUUCAGAAGCAGCAGCUGAGCUGGUUCAGUUUGCGUACUUUAAGAAGGUUUUGGAGAAAGAGAAGAAACGUCGCAAAGAAGAGAGUGAUGUGGAAACUGAGGAGGAAGAGGUAAUCCAGGAUGAUGGAGAUAGCAAGAAGAGGAGGAAAAGCCAAACUAAAGAUGGUGAAAGCAGGAAAAGGAGACGGGAGUUGAAGGAGGGUGAGCAACAUGAUCCCUAUGACUUCAGUGAUGCCGAGGGAGAGACUCCCGAUAUUCUACCACAAACUCCAAAGGCCCCAGAGCCAGAGGACCAGAUGGACACCAGUGAUGAAGCUGCAAAGAGGUCUGAAUUGAGUGAGCAAAGGUUCAAACAAUUUAAGGCUGCUCUACUGGAUGCUUUCAAGACUGCACAUGCUCAGUCUCUUGGCAUGCAGACUCUGAUGGCGUCGAUCAACAAAGAUAACGAGAUGCCAUUCUCCAAUGUGGAGGUGCAGACAGCCCUGGACAAGAUGCAGGAAGACAACCAGAUCAUGGUGUCAGAUCAGAUCAUCUUCCUAAUCUAAUGACAGUGGUGCUUGUCAACUGAGUGAGGGGCAGUGUAUGGUGCGAAUCUGUGUCCAGCUGAAUUAAGUAUUCACCGCUCUUAUUAAAGUGCAGGUGCUGACUAAAGGAUGUCCCCCAAUUUAAUACACCCAAUUCUGUUGUAUAUAAUUCAGUUUUUAGAGGAAUGCUUCCGACUCUGGUGUCUCCCCUAUUCCCAUAUAUGCAUAUACAUUUCACAAAUCGCUUGAAUUUCUGUACAGGUCGUGGGUUAUUUGACCACCAUGUCGGAUCUUUAAUGUUGUGGAUAAUGACUGUAGGAUGGAAAGUACGCCCAAAUGCAGAGGGCACAUUGUCUUUAGUUCUGAAGAAAAGAAAAUGCUUUCCAGUGUUUGUAUGCAAGCCAAUCUGAAGUUACCAAGAACUGUUUGUGCAAUUGGAGAAGCAGUUAACUUAUUGAUAUAUAAUUCAAGAUGUUAGUCUCAUGUGGAGCCUCAGAUGGUAAACCAGGAUUUAGGGGUCGUGUGUGAUGGUUGAAUGGUAUACAUCUCUCAAAGACUUACAGUGGAGACGCUUAAAAGAUUAUGCUUUUCUAUUGACUAUCAGUAACUCAUGUUAGAUCUAGUGUUGUGCUGUUUGGUGUGGUUGAUGAGGGGGAAGCUGGAGUUGAUUUUAAUCUUUAUUGAAAUAGAAGAUUUGCAUGUUGUUACCAGCAAUUUUACAGGUGCUAAACGUUAAUGAAAAUUGGGAUUUUAGAUAUGAAGUGGAUCAGGAAAGUGAUAUUUGCCUCAGGGCUACAGAGCAGCUAUCAAUCAGUCGCAGACCGCUGCUGUGACUUGAGAAAAAUCAUAGGGAUUUGAACGUUGUUCUCCACAUUUUGGUUUGAAAAUUACUGCAAGACUGGGCAACAUUUUCUCACUGCAUUUUUAAAAAAAUUUCAUUCGUGGCAUGUGGGUGUCUGGCUGGGCCAGCAUUUAUUGUUCGUCCCUAAUUGCCCCUUGAGAAGAUGGUGGUGAGCUGCUACCUUGAACUGCUGCAGUCCAUGUUCUGUAGGUAGAUUCACAAGGCCAUAGCUUAUGGACUGCAGCAAUUCAACAAGGCAACUCACCACCUUCUCCAGGGCAACUGGGGGUGGGCAGUAAAUCCUUCUCCAGCCAAAGACAUCUACAUCCCAUGUGAGAAUAAAAAGAGAGAAAAAAUGCAUGCAGUGAGAAAUGUUUACCAGCCAAUAGUAGUUUCCAAACAACGUAGGUUAGCGAGUGGAAUCCCAUUUCCCUAGUGUUCAGACACAGUAAAUUUACAUCGAAGCAGCAGCCUGGCAGGAUGUAAUCACACCACACUACCCAGUGUGGAGCUUACAGCUCCAAUAUUGUUGGAUCCUCCAUUGAAAACUGGUCGUGCACAUCACCUUUCAAGUAUGCCAUUUAACCCCAACAGUAGUUUGGUAAUGGAUUAUUGACACUUAGUUAAGCCAAAAGGCUAACUCCACUGAAGGAUGGGCAGAGAGGCAAAAUAUACUCUAUGCUGAACUUGUGUUAAGUGCUUUUAUUUUUUCUAUAAUAAAGUUGAAUUUUUGCUU